AUGUCUGAUGAAGCUGCUCAGCAAGCUGCUAGAAGAGAUACCAUUGAUUUCCAUUAUAUUAGUAAAUAUGAUCUUAAAGCUCUAAUGCAUAAAAGAACAGAAAGGGAAUGGCAGGAUGAGUGGGCAGGCUGUUUUCAACUUCAAAAAUGGGCAACUAAUAGUACCAAAAUUCUUCAGCACAUUCAAAAUCCUUCUACUAUUCUUAAAAUUGGCAAGGAUCAACGAACCAAGAUUCUAGGUUUGUAUUGGUCUUAUGAAGACGAUCAGCUAAUGUACACUAUUGCUGAUUUUAUCAGUUUAAAUAAGUUUACCAAGCGUACUAUAAUGUCUGAUAUAGCUCAGAUUUUUGACCCCUUGGGACUCUUGGGCCCAUGUAUCAUUUUAGGAAAAAUUCUUCUUCAAUCACUUUGGUCCUUAAAGCUUGACUGGGAUGAAUCUCUUCCAGCUACAAUAGACAAUCAAUGGCGGCAAUUACGGCAAGAGCUACCAGUACUUAACAUUUUAAAAAUACCCAGAUUUGUUUCAAAUACGUCAAUCGUUAAGUUGGAGUUACACGGAUUUGCCGAUGCCUCUUUACAAGCAUAUGGCGCAUGUCCAUACAUUCGUAGUCUAUCUUCCAGCGGAGAGAUUCAGGUAAGGCUUUUGACAGCUAAAAGCAGGGUUAGUCCUCUAAAAUCGUUAACAAUUCCAAGAUUAGAACUGUGCGGUGCUCUCUUGUUAGCUCAGCUAGUUGAUCGAGUGAAAAAUUCAAUGACUUUUACUUUUGAUGCUAUAUUUCUUUGGUGCGAUUCCACUGUCUCUCUUGCCUGGAUUCGUGCUUCUCCAAGUACUUUGCAAGUUUUUGUUCAAAACAGAGUCGCUCAAAUACAAAGGUUAACACAACUUAACCAAUGGCAUCAUGUUCGAACCGCCGACAAUCCUGCAGACUUUCUUUCCCGAGGUAUUUUGCCUAGGGCUCUUUUGGAUUGUACUGUGUGGUGGAAUGGCCCACAAUGGCUUAGCCAACCUAAAGAUCAAUGGCCCUAUUCUGCAGCUACUUUUGAAGGAGAACUCCCAGAAGCAAAGGAUUUAUCUGAUACUCCUAGAUACCUUAUUACGAUUUCUCAAAAGGAUGAUUUUGCAAAAGAAAUUCAAACGUUAGAAAGGAGUCAUGCGUUGCCAAGGCAUUCUAAGCUUCUUUCUCUAAAUCCUUUUCUAGACGAUGAGGGUAUUUUACGUGUUGGUGGACGUCUUAGUCAAUCAAAUUUUAGUUUUGAUGUCAAACAUCCAAUCCUUCUUUCAUCCAAGCACCAUCUUACAAAAUUGCUUUUUAGACACGAGCAUCUAAGAUUAUUCCAUGCUGGACAACAACAACUGCUUUAUUCAAUUCGUCAACGUUAUUGGCCACUGGCUGGUCGCAAUUUAGCUAAACAAACUGUUCAUUCCUGCAUAAAAUGCUACCGCUGCAAACCACUGCAACCUUCUCCAAUCAUGGCCACUCAUUUAGAAUUGGUGAGUGACUUAUCAAAGGACGCCUUCAUUGCUGCCUUCCGGAGGUUUGUAGCACGCCGUGGUAAGCCAAGUAAUGUUUAUUCCGACAACAGAACAAAUUGUGUAGGAGCCAAUUCAGAGUUACGAGAAUUAUCUCAAUUUUUAAAAUCGCAAGAACAUUCUUUACAAGAUAGUAUAUCUAAUAUUGGAGUAAAUUGGCACUUCGUACCCGCACUCUCACCUCACUUCGGAGGAAUUUGGGAAGCCGGUGUUAAGUGGGCUAAAAGACACUUGACUCGAAUAAUCGGUAGCGUAAAACUUACUUUUGAAGAGUAUUGCACUAUAUUGGCAGAGGUUGAAGCAAUCCUAAACUCUCGUCCAAUCACUCCCAUGUCCUCAGACCCCAAUGACCUAUCCGCUUUAACCCCUUCUCAUUUCCUUAUCGGACAACAGGCAACAUCACUUCCCGAUCCAGACCUUAGAGACAUUUCAACGUCACGCCUUUCAAGAUACCAGCUGAUGCAGCAGUGCCAACAACACUUUUGGUCCCGCUGGACUCGUGAGUUUCUUAGCGAGCUUCAGUUACGCACCAAAUGGAAAACUCAGCAAGCAGCACUUCAAGUUGGAUCUCUUAUUGUUCUCAAAGAUGACCACUCUCAUCCACUUCAAUGGAAACUCGGUAGAAUCGUCUUACUUCAUCCAGGAUCAGACGGCAUCGCUCGAGUAGCUACUAUCAAGACAUCAAGUGGAACUGUGAAACGGAGUUUUGCCAAGUUUUGUGUAUUGCCGAUUGAGGUUGAAAGCUGA